AUGGAAAACAGCAGUGGUGUUGCAGAUCCGACACGCGAGAGAAGAGCCGUUACGAUGGCUAAAUUAAACUCGUUGCCGAGGACUAANCGACCUAUGUCCGCGUGCGACUAUAUAGUUAAAUCGAUGAUUCCGAUGUCCUGUGGCGGAUCGUCUGGCGGCGUGAUGGUUAUGGUCACCGGUGAGCGUUUUACGCAAAAUUUCCUCUUGGAGCACCGUCCAGAAAGGAUGUUGGGUUACGCCAUUGUGGUGUCCUUAACACAAUAUAUUCCCGAAGGACCAGUCACCUACAACCAGACGCCACUAACAACAUUCGGUGGUGGUGACAGUCAGGCUAUCACUGGCGCCGAAAAAUCGGUCAACACGUCCAUCCUUAAAAAACCGGAUUACUCGAUUUCCACUAUCAUGGAUUUAGACUUCGGCCACGCCGCCGAAGUCACAAAAAAUACGGUAAUGUCUACCGGAAUUACGCACAUAAGACAACAAGAUACCGCCUUUGAAUUCGAGUCCAUCCCGGAACACGCCUCUGAAAAAACCCGAAACUGACACAGAAAAUACUACCUGCUCAGAAACCGCCUGUGAAAAAACCGCUACCGGUAGUGUUAUAGAACACGAAACCGACACAGAAAAUACUACCUGCUCAGAACCCACCUCUGCAAAUAUCGCAACCGGUAAUGUUAUAGAAAUCGCCAACGUCACUGAAGAUACUUCCAUCCCGGAACACGCCUCUGAAAAAACCGC